AUGGCAUCUUGCACAGAUCGACUAAAAUUAAACGAGCAUGAACUAUUUAAAUCCCUAAAAAAUGAUUUACCAAAAAGCGUUAAAGAGACACACAAUAUCAUGGAGAUCCGCGAGAAUGUAAUGUACAUUUGGAAUGCCGACAAAUGCUGCUUAUACGUAGUGAUAAUCGACGACAAUUUCAACCACUCAUCAGCGUACCAAGUAUUCCAGCUAACAGACCCUCCAAUUUUCGAGGUAACAUCAAUAUCAAUAAACGAAGUGUCCUCACAAUUAGCACUUUGGGGAAGUUUAGGAAUCGUCGUGGUAGAGCUACCUCGCCGGUGGGGCAAGAACAAUUUAUUCCAAGGCGGAAAGAAAUCAAUUUCUUGCCUGAAUCACAACCUGAGCCACUUAACAUCUCACUUGUCAUCAUCAAAAGUAAAUCGCGUGCGCUGGCACCCAGGUUCGCCAAAUGACUCACACCUGCUUGUUUUAACUUCAGAUAAUUCGUUCCAACUGUUCGAGUGCCCGCUGGGCCAAAAACCAAAACUAAUUAAAAACUGGAAAGUUGGACCCACUCCAUUAUCAUCUAGCUCUAGCGGGUUCACGAUAAUUGAAUCGCUGGGUGAAACUGCGAUUGAUUUUGACUUUUCAACCUCCUCAAUUUCCCUGGACAAACAGAGAAGGAAUUUUGAUAAAGAAACCGCUCACUGGAGUGACAUCGAAUGGCCGAUUUUAGUUCUUAGAGGCGAUGGAUCAGUGCUUUUGAUCCAUGGAGACACUUUAUCGAAUUCAAGUACUAAACCAUUGGUCCAAGGUGCGUUGUCUAUCUAUCCUUCGUCAUACGACAACUACGGAGUUGAUUCCUGCUCGAUAAUUUGCCUGCAAACGACUCCUCCGGUGGUGGCAAUCGCAACCUCUUCUGGUUUAAUUCACCACGCGAUUUUAUUGCGAGAUACUUCCAGUACAACGAACAAUAAUUUUAUAUCCAACAAUACUUACACCGUCGACAGCCAAGUGAGCAUUUCAACGGAAGAUCAGGAACAAAGACAGUUUAAUAGAAAAUCUUGGUCAGAGUAUGGUUCUAAUUAUAGUCUUCAUACACCUGAUGAUGGUUUGUUUGUCUUUGAGACAAUUGAAAUGCAGUUGGGGUUGCUGUAUAAUGACAGUGAUAAAAAAUACAGCUGCUUGAUAAACUUGCAUAGAGACCGGGGUAACAAGGGUCGGUAUUUUUGCACACACAAUGCUGGUGUUCAUAUGAUAACAUUGCCGGCUGUAUCGCAGUUGAUGGAUUACUUGAAUUGUCCUGAAGACAACAUUGAUCUGUACUUACCAACUUCAAUUAAACCAUCGACGUCGCAAUAUUUAAUUUGCACGCGGACGAAGCACACUGGAGACGAUGAAGCGACUCCAGUUCAAGGAUUUGGAUUGCUGCAACAGCCAUCGCCUAUUGUGGUUGCUCUACUGUACAACGGAGUUGUCGUUAAUUUUUCUGUUAUAGAUUUUGAUUGCCCCUCGGCGAUUGACAGCGACGAACCGGUUGUUAAUUUUAACAAAGUUAUCACUCGGGAAUCUUUUGAGAACCAUGUAAGAAAUUUGUUGAAGCAUGAUACGAUUUCGCAACCUAUUACUAAGUUGAAUGUUAGUUCUUCUUUGAAUGGAAAAGAAUGCUUUGAGCUGCUGGACCAGGCGACCAAUGUCCUGCGCAGUAAUUAUUUUGUGAAGCAUGACCGUGUUAGGAAUGAAAUUAGCAAGAAAGUACGCGCUUUAAAGGCUUUGAAAAUUCAUCAGAUUAAUGAGUUGAAUGAUUUGAUGCUUAUAAAAGCUGAAUUGCACUCCAAGGCUCAGCAUCUCGCGGAACGGUAUGAAGAUAUUAAGGAGCAUCAGGAAGAACUGACGAGAAGGUCUAGAGAAGUUUUGAGAAGGAUUAAUCACAAGGAAUUGACGACUGCUGAGAGGACCGAAGCGAUGAAAUUGAAGGAACUUAAUGGACAAGUUGAGGAAUUCAAAGGGAAAUUCGAGAGGUUGAAGAGCAAAGCUGAUAGUCAGAUGAUGAAAAAUGAGUCGGUUGAUAAGAGCAGUAUGAAUAAUGGCGGUGGUGUUAAGAAAGCUCAGUUGAUUUUGGGGGAAAAACAGGAACAAGUUAUUAAGAGUAAUUUGAAGAAAAUGGAUAUUACUCUCAAGGAUAUGAUUGGGCAGAUUAAAGUGCUUGAAGAUAAUUUAGAAGUUUGA